UAUACAAUUUAGAUACUUUCAAUUGACAUUUGCACAUAGAAUGAAGUAUGUCAUCUGCCUUUUUAUAUAAAUCUAUGGCCACAUCCGCUGCAGUCUCGCGGACAUGUGGGAACAUGUGGCCGCGAGCGUAUGGCGAAUACUCUAUAUGCAUGGCAUUCGGGAUAUAUAAUAGAAAAACGUUCAAAAUAGAAAUAUACCAUUGAUAUAUGUCCAUUGAUUCAGUUGUUGGAAGGAGUAUAAACUAAGUAAAGCAAAAAUUAUAUUUAGCAAAAUGUCUGUGGUAUCCUCAAGAGUUAAUAGCGUAUCGUCUAUACUGAAAGUCAGUGGAGUCAGGUCACAAUUUAUUAAACAGCCAAGCAAAGUAUACUUUAAGCUCCCGAAAGAUGUUAAAAAUAUAUUAUGUAAUUAUAUGAAGGAUAAUGGGAUUAAAGACUAUGAAAAGUUGAUAUAUUCGCUUAAAGAAGGUGCUAUAAAGGAUAGUGAUUUGACAGAAUUUCUAACUGAGACAAGGCAAUGUAUAUCUUUAUUAGAUGUUAGAUACGAAUCAUUUGUUCAAGCCCUUCUUCAAAUUGAAUGGACAAAUAGGUUGCCAGAAGUGAUUUCUACUUAUAAACUCUUUGUACAAGAUUUAGUAUGUAUGCAAACUCUUCACAUUAACAUUGUAAUAAAGCGUCUGGUUGAAUUGUUUAAACCAGUUAAAGAUAAUAAUAUUGAACAUGAAGCUGGACAGUUAAAAAGUGAAGAUCUAGAAAGGCUGAAUCACAUACAUGAUAUAUUGCAUAAAAUUUUGGAAGUAGUGCCAAUGUCAAGCAAAGUCUUGCUGCAAUCUCUUGUAUCCCAAUUUCCAUAUAUUGUACAUGGCACUUACACACAUGAAGUUUAUAUCUAUGCAUUAUUACAAAUUCUAAAUUAUGCACCUCAACUGAGAUCAGAUAUUUUAGUCUUUAUUAUUAAUAGGUUGAUGAUGUUAGAUGUCAAUGUACCUCGUGAAGAAGCAAGCAAAAAUGAGGAAGACAAUGUACUAGAUGACUAUACUAGCUACAACAAUGGUACAGCUGAUAAUGACAAUUUGACCACAGUAAACAAUGAUACAGACAAAAGAAAAAUUAUCCAUUCAGCUGAACGUACAAUGGACACGUGCAUGGAGUUAUUUCUUAAAUACAUGCACGAGUUCUGUUUUAUAAAUAACGUUCUGCAGAUAGACAACCUGAGGACAUUAUAUUUCGAUAUCAUCUGCGCAUUUGAAGCAGUAAUAUUACCUACGCACGCCAGUCAAUACGUGCAAUACAUCAUGUUCUACAUUUGUAGUUUUAGGCCCGUAAUCACGGAGACCUUCACAAAUUGGUUAUGGCGUAAAGUAAUCGAUCCAAACGUUGCACAAGUUUUACGACAAACAUCCGUUUGCUAUCUUUCUAGCUUGUAUUCUACUGCCUCGUUUAUUUCUCCUGGAUCAGUAAAAAUAAUGAUGACUAAUUUAUUGUUAUGGAUACACAAAUAUAUUACUUCGGAAGAAAAUUCUGAAUAUGUUGAUGAUGAUCCAGAACCACACGUUUUGUUUUAUUCUGUUUGUCAAGCGUUUUUCCGCUUAUUUGUUGCGAGAUUUAAGCAUUUUGUCGAUUCAAAGAGUGGAAUAUUAUUUCUUCAGAAUCUUAAUAUAUCGACGAUCAUUACGUGUAAAUUAAAUCCUUUGAAAAUGUGCGAUGCCAAGAUUAUUCGCGAUUUUGCUGAUAUCACGAGCACGUAUCAGUUAGCCUAUUGCUAUACUGUAAUCGAGAACAAUGAGCGUAAUGAACUACCUGUUUUCGGAAUGAAAACUCAUAUGCCCGUUUUGGUUCCUAAUUAUUUCCCAUUCGAAUCUUAUACAUUAGAACAUAGUGGACGAAGAAUAGCUCCUUUAUUUUGUAAUAAUACAACUGUUGAUAGUCAAUCAGUUAAAUAAAAAAUACGAACAUAAAAUAGGAACAUAUUUACAUAUUAUAUAUAUUUAAAUAAAUUAUAGUGUUUCAUUUUAAACAAAUAUGUACAUUUUAAUUUUUUAACUGUAAUACUCGAAGAUAUGCAAGUUACAUAAUAUAACUUUUUUAAAUACUACUUUGUCAAUCCUAAUGAUACAUACAUUCCAUGACGCGUGCACAUAGAAAAUUAUGAGAUAUAAUAUUGUAUAUAAACGUAUCGAAAUGAUAAUAUAUCUUAUAUAUGUCACUGAUUUUAUAUUUCACUGAUUUUAUAUCAGUCUAAAAAAUUACUAAAUGAAUGGAGAAGAAAAGUUUGUUAAACUAUUAUAUUUAUAUUGAAAAGAUAAA